AUUCUACGGUAAGAUAACGGAAAUAAGCUGAGGUGUCUUAGUCUGUCUUCAUAAGAUAGGCCAGAUGAAUUCUGAGUGAGGUUGGAUUUCAUUGGUACUGAAAAUUGCAACAAUUAUUAUAAGUCAAUUGACUUCCUUACUUCACUUCUGCGGACUGAGAAGCUAACCCAUUGGACUAUGGGAACCGCGUUAUCUUGACACCUACGCUACCAAGACGUUUCUCGUUUCGGGAAAGUUGAUUAUGUUUUCAGUAUAAUGAGCACUGCAGAACCGUUCGCAGGGUGGCUUUACAAAUGGACAAACCUUAUUAAAGGCUAUAAAAAACGUUGGUUUUUAGUACAGGAUAAUUUACUCAGCUACUACCGAGAACCGGAUGCAGUCGGGCGACAUUGUCGUGGGACUUUUGACUUAACAAACGCCCACCUAAGUGUUCAGGAGUCUGGAUGCUCCUUUAUUUUGACGGAGAGCUCUGGAAGAAAGCAUCACUUCAAGGCGUUGUCCGAAGACGAUAAGGAGAAUUGGAUUAUUGCCCUUACAGACUUAAUUUCAAGAUCGCAGGUUACCCAUACUGAGAUUGAGUCAGAUUAUUCGUCAUUUAACAUACUUCGACCAGACAAAGAGAACAGUUGUAAGCGAAAUUCUUUCAGAUUUACUCUUAAAGGUCGACCAAAGUUGGAUAUUAAAACAACCAGUUUUCCAGUUCUACCUCAACCGCUUGCUAACCAAUCAAUAUCACCGAAUAACUGUCAAUGUGCUAACCAAUCGUGUUCACACGACGGUUUAUGUAAUUCAACUUUUAGUCAGAAGUUCCGAAGAAUAAAGCUCAAGCACGAUUUAUCGAAAUCCGAUUCUAGGUGUGUGUCAGAUGCUCCAGUAUCAAAUUCAUUUUCUCUUCCUGUGCAUGAACCAAAUGUUUCUACCAAUGACCUCAAGAUAAAAAGUGAUACAGGAAGACGUUUGUCCCGUCAAUAUGUCAUUUCAAUUGAAGACAGCAACCGUUUAGGAAUUAUAGAGGCUUUGAAGAGACGCCUACAUGAUCACAUUAGUAACAUUUGUUCUCAAGUCAGUAAUAUCGAGUCAAUGCUUACAUCAGUCUCAAGUGAAUUAUCCAGUUUGCUGCUGCAGCCACGUUCAUUCCCAUUGAAUUCAGAUGAUCAAUUUUCUGCCUCAGACCUAGAAAGACGGACUACUUCUCUUAAACUUGCCUUACUCGAACAUCGUAACGACGCAAAAGAAUUUUACGAGGCGUCUACUGAAGCGUUGCAGUUCUUAACUGGAACUUAUGCUCGAUUCAAUCGACAACUUGUUUUAGAACAAGAACGUUGUAUAACGUUGGAGAGGACCGUUGAACAGUUGGCUAAAGAAUUACGUAGUUUGGAAAUCCAGUUAAAAUAUCAUAUUCCUAUGGUUGUUGAAGACAAAAAUAUGAAUCAAAUUCAGUCUGAAGAAACCAAGCAAACUGUCAAACAGUCAGUAGAAAAAUUACUUGGUGAAGAAAACAGUGAUGAAUUUUAUGACGCCAUGUCUAAUUUGGAUGUGACUGAACAAUAUAAUGAUUCACUUAUUUCUACAAUCAAUCAAUCUAUAGUACAAAUGCCUAGACCAUUACAUUAUAAUUCAUCAUCAUUGCAUAAUAGUGACGUAACUCAAGUGUCAUCAGCAAGUUUAAGAAGUUUGGUGAAUGUUGAAGAAACAUCAGUUUCAGGCAGUGAUUUAGAUUUACCAAAUGGAUACACUAACAGAACUAAUGUUUUUACAUCUAUGCCGUCUGAUGGAUAUCCAAACACGUACAACAAAAACUCUACUACUGACCAGCAUAAUAACACAUUGAAAUAUGGAAAAAUUCGUAAACGUCGAAAUACCAUACCUGUUUCACCAAAAAUUGCAUUAAAUUUAUGGGGUAUAAUUAAAAAUGCUAUCGGUAAAGAUCUGGCAAAAAUUCCUAUUCCUGUAAAUUUCAACGAACCUUUGUCAUUCCUUCAACGAGCUGUUGAAGAUUUCACAUAUUCUAGUCUAUUAGAUUAUGCUUCACAGACCAGAGAUCCAGUGGAACAAAUGGCUUAUGUUGUAGCAUUUUCAGUUAGUUGUUAUAGUUCGACUGCUUAUCGUGUAGGAAAACCAUUUAAUUCAUUACUCGGCGAAACUUAUGAAUGUGAUCGUACAGAUGAUAUGGGUUGGCGUUGUAUUUCAGAACAGGUUAGUCAUCAUCCACCUGGUUGCAGUCAGUAUUGUGAAUCAUUACGACAUAAAUGGAAAGUUUGGCAAGAUUAUUUUUUGUCAACAAAAUUUCGUGGCAAAUAUUUAUCUAUCAGUCCUAAAGAGGGAACAGGUACCAUUAAUCUACAGUUCGCUGACGGAUCACAUUAUACUUGGACAAAAGUAACAACAGUUGUUCAUAAUUUAAUUGUUGGUACGAUAUGGAUUGAUAAUUAUGGUGAUGUAACCAUAGAAAAUCAUAAAACUGGUUAUUCAUGUAGCCUGCAGUUUAUCGCUCAUUCUUAUUUUAAUAGAGGACAGUCAAGACGAGUCACAGGUUUUGUGAAAAAUUCAACUGGUGUACCAGUUGCUGUAAUUCAAGGAACGUGGGAUAAUUAUUUAGAAUAUCAACGUUUAUCAAUCGAUAAAAUACCUGUCGGUGAGCCAAUAUUAAUAUGGAAACCUGAUCCAUUACCUUCUAAUGCUUCUGAUAUGUAUCACUUUUCUCGAUUUGCUAUUGAAUUAAAUGAAAUGGAAGAUGGUGUUGCACCGACUGACUCAAGACGUAGACCUGAUCAACGUCUUAUGGAACAAGGAUUAUGGGAUCAAGCAAAUGAAGAAAAAAGGCGCCUUGAAGCGAAACAAAGAAAUAAACGACAUGCAUGGGAGAAAGCAGUUAGAGAAGGUAUUAUUCUGAUGUUGUUUUAAGGCAGAAUUUUAUCAUUUAUUAUUUGCUACAUCAUUUAUCAAACCAAACGUGAUCGUCAAGCCACGAAUUCUAACUUUUCUACGUCUGGGACUAAUGAAACAAGGAUAGGUACUUACAUGUUUAAACCAUCAGGUAACAACAUAUAACAUAUUAAAAAUACCACAAUAAGAUAAUUUAGCAAGAUGUCAACUGAUUUCUACAUGGUAUAAAAUACAAUAUUGAUGGUAAACAGUUUAAUUUAUAAGGAUACACUUCAUUGUUGUAAAGUGGCUUUUUAUCCACAGUCUCUUUAGCACAUGUUUAAUCCUAUAUUACAAUGGAAUUUUCACAUUUACGUGUUUUAUUCCAUUUUCGAGUCUUCUAUCAGUUAACAGUUAAAUGAAUUAGCUAUCUAUCAAUAGUAUUUUGUUCAAAGAACUUGUUUAUGACGGAUCAGUUAUUUAGUUUACUUUACCGCACAGUUUUCUGAUCACUAAUGCAGCAAUAUACUUAAAAAGCAAUCUUAUGUUUUUACUUCAUAAUUUAUAAACUGAUUCUAUUUCACUAGUUGCCUGAUUUUUAGAUCUCACACAUAUCAAAUGAGAUUUGUGUGGCGCAUAUGUAUUUGGUGCCUCCUUGUACCAAUAUCUAUGUGUUAAAAUUAAAAUGAAUAAAUAAAUUUUUAGAUAUCACUAAGCGUUAGUAUUUGGACUUUUAAUAACACUGCCUAUUAAUUGUCUUAUAGGUCCGGAAAGAUUUACUUCUUUGAAGAUUCAUCUAUAGUGGGAAAAGUAGAAAAUCUUUCCAUAUUUGUUGUUCGGGUAUGAAAUUAUAUUGUUUAGGAAUUAGGAUAGUGUGGAUUUAAUUUGACUGAUUGACGUUUGAUUGAGGAAAAAUUAUUUAUUCGGUUUUUGUAUAAAGAUAAUCGAAUUUCAGGAAUAUAGGUAUUCAACUAUUUUAUCUGUCAUGGAGACACUUUAGUGUAUAGUUUGAUAUUUGUAUAUAUAUAUAUGCCAUUUUUCUUCAGGUCAAACAGAUGAACCAUUAUUCACACCGGUUUGGUUUUCACCAAAACAUGAUGUCAAUGGUAAUGUAUAUCAUGAAUAUUUAGGAAACUAUUGGAAAUCAAAAGAACAACAAGAUUGGUUAAAAUGUCCAGAUAUUUAUUGAAAAGUUUUUUUUAGAUCUUAUUUUCAAUUAUUCUUGUAGAAAGUGUAAAAGAUUAUUUCAGUACGAAAAAUUGUUUCUGUGCGUCAAUAAAAACUGUUUUACUGUCUUUCCUGUUCACCUUGUUAGUUAGUGUUGGUGAAUCCUAUUACAUUUUUUAGAACAUUUUUGUUUGUUUAUAGUUUAUGUCUUAUAGAAGAAAAGAUAAUUCUGAUCUGUAAUUUAUAAUUCUUGUUAUUGAUAUUUAUAAAAUAGUCCUAAUUCACAUUAACUUCAUUCUCUGUUUCUGUUCCGUUUUGAUGUUUUCAUUCACGACUUAUUUCCCUACUAAUCCCCCACUUUGUUCUGUUUUGUCGAACUACUGUCAUCUCUUCAUUUCUUUAUCUAUCUGUCUGUAUAACUGAUCGAAUUCUCUACGUUGGGCUUUCACUAACUUCCCUAACCAUUAGCCUAUUUUCGUGUUUCUUUUUGAACUACUGAUUUAUUGUAAUAAGUACAUUGUGUAUAAGUGCAUUGUCGUGUACUUUAUUGUAAAUAAAUGCGUAUGUGGCUUUGAUGAUUUCAUUUUUUGAACCUCCUCACAUACUCGACUUUUAUUAUAGUAAUAUUAUUUUUGACUAUAAUCAGAAUAUCGACUUCAUUAACAUUUAUAAAAAAUUUUGCUGAAAAGUUGCUAUAUGGGACUUCGUCGAAAGUCUUAAAGCCUGAUGAUGAUGAUAAUCAUUAGCAUGAACCAUUGAUGACGUCAUAAUUAUCACAUUUUAUUUUCACAUGACUUUUGUUAUAAGAGAUAAUGUCAACAAAUGUCAACCACUGUUUAUUUUAAUUAACGCCAUUAGGGAGAAUAAACUGUUCACUGUGAUGAUGAUGAUGACUAUGGUUGUUUACUUGUUCUUGUUUAAUUUUUCUAAUUUCUAAAUAUAUUUACUCUUCUUUAUGUCAUUUUCGCCACUUAGAUGACCAAGAUGGUUCGGGUGUUGUUCUUCUUUUAUUUUGUUAAGUGAUUUUUUAAUCUUUCUCUUCAUAUUUAUUAUUUUACAUUUCAGUGCUGUUUUCAUCCUUUUUCUGCCUUAUUUUUAUUGCACCGAUUGUGUUAUUGUGUGAUCGUUUCAUAUGAUCAAUUGUUAACUUCACUGAUUACCAACAUACUGUUUUGAUGAUUUGUGCAUAUAUAUAUAUAUAAUCUUAUAAAGUCAAUAUCUUUACUGUUUCUUGAAAUUCUGUACAAUAAAAAGUUGACAAAGGAAAAUAGGAGACAUUUACAAAAGUUUGUUUCCGAAUGUAGGUAUAUAGAUAAUUUAGUUUGUUGACUUAAUGCUGUUUAGAUGCAGUUUAUAUUUGUCAUUUAGUUCACUUAUGGAUUAUUUUCUCUCUUUUUUUUACCAACACUAAAUUGUUGAUUCUUUCAAUUAACUUUUACAACUAAAUUUGCUCAUUUACACGUGUAAAGAUGUAUUUUGAAAGUGAAAACUCCUUCACCUUUUUCUUUCUAUAAAAUUUACUUAUACAUAUACUACUUAAUUUUCUGUUAUAUUUUGCUGUAUGAACAACCAGUUCUGUUUAUGAAUUUCUGUAUUACUUAUUCUACUGACUUUGUUUAGAUUAUAUUGUGCAUAAUUUACAUCUUUUAUCAAUAUUUUUUCUGCUUAUUUCUUCGGUUGUUUUUUCCCUUUAGUUUGUUUUUAUUUUAACAGCCUGAUUGCCAAGAUUGAAUUCAGUUUAUAUUGUUUUUUUUUCUAUAAAGAAAAUUGUUCUUUUUUAUUCUGAUAAAAAGAAUCAGAAUUAUUUUAAUACGAUUUUAUAUUUUCUGUACUAACUACCAGUUACGAAUAGAUAGGUAGCUGUACAAAAGUAUGAUGUACUAGGUACAACAUAUUAACUGCAACCACAAAAUGAUGAAUAUCAGAUAUGUAGCGCAUCCAUGUGUUUGUCAAAUCCAUAUUCAAAAUGUUUAGAGUGAACAUGGAUGUUUACAUAGUUUGUUACAAAUUGAGUUUAACAAUUUAGCUAAACAUUUCGCUAGGUCAUGGAUUUCGUUAGAUAUCCAAAAUCUCUGACUACCUAGCCGUUUCUCACAUUCAUAGAGUUUCUUAAACUCAAUUAAUUAUAAAACUUUGAAAAAGUAAUUUGCAAUCGGAAAAUACAAGAGACCGUAUACAUUCGAUGUUUUUAUCAUCAAAGGAGAUCGAAUGUUCUUACGUUUUUCCGUUACUUUUGUGAUGUUUACCACCCUCACUGAAGAAUUUGAUCUGUUUGUAAGGAUUGUUCUCUCCAAUUCGAUACCUCUAUGAACAACUCUCAACAUUUCUCUAAUGCUGUCAUUUUCAUCGAAGUACCUCCAGAAAUAAAUUAUUCGUAACUGUCAAUCUCAAAUUAGAAAAAUUAUUCACAAUUC